AUGUACACAGGGAUCGGUGCAGACACAGAUUACAUCUCAACCCCUAUAACAUGCACGAGCGGCGACGGCAACCAGCAGCAGCACGACCACCUAUUUCUAAGGCAUGCGAUGCUGGGAGAGCAACCUGCAUGCCCGCUAUGCGAAGCGGAUUGCUUCGCUUCUGCCGCAGCGGCACUGCGGCAGCGCUACGCACGGUACAAAGUACCCAAACUUUCCAUACGACGUCCAGGCUUGGCCCCAUCGGCCUGCUGUAAUAACAAGAUUCAAGGUAUAUUGAAAAAAAGGCUUUUCGCCCGACAAGCGUUAUGCUGGACGAGAUUCACGUCAGCAGUGUCACAAUGUCCAAUUGACUCCCGCGGCAUUCCAUGGCCGUCGCUAACGAAGCAAGCCGGUCAAUGGCACUCGACUACUUCACAGAGUUCCUGCAGUAAGCAGAUCAUCACAAAGUCAAAGAUAAGAGCCCUGUUCUUCACCCGCGUACCGCUGCCAUGCUCGAGGUUUCCAUUCCUUGGACAACAUGCCUUGUACGGAUCAAGUGACGGCGCCGCCUCGCUGUGCGGUCCGAUACCAGGCAACCUGACUUCAUUGAGAUACACUCUCUACAUGAUAGUAGAACGUUGCCAACCUGUGACUCAUGAUGCCAUCGGGACCAAACGACGCUUCUCAAAAAAGUGUCAAAGCUGGCCCUCGAUGAUCUAUCACAAACACCGCCUCUCACCUUGUGGAAUGCACGCACACCCCGGCCUUCCACGUUCCUUCUCGGCGUCUGAGAUGGGUCUUGUUCGUCGCGUCGGGCCGUGCGUUGAUUUCCAGCGGAUAUCCGCUCCGUGGUGUACGUAA